AUGUCAACUCUGGAAGAUAAGAUUUUAGGCGAAAAGUUACAUUAUUACUGUAGCAGUUCCAGUGAAGAUGAAGAAAAUGAUUCAGCAGAAUCUGAUAAAGAGACAGAAAAUGAAAAAUAUUCACAAAUAAUUACAGAUUCCAUAGAACCAUCAUUUUCAGAAUGGGAUGGUACUUCUAGUAACACAGGACCAAAGGGUGUUAUAAAAGAUUGGCAACGCUACAAACAAUUACAAGCAGAAAAAAAAGAGGAACAAGAGAAAGAAAGACUUGAAUUAAUUAAUAAACUAAGCUUAACAUGUCGCAGUUCUUUAGAUGAAGAAAAGGAGAAGAUCAUGCAAACUGAUCCUGAUCUUGCUGAAUUGUUAGUUGAUGAAUUCCUUUUAGAAUAUCAGAGACAAAGGAUGAAAGAGAUGCUUGCAAGAACUGAGAAACUUCGCUUUGGUGGAGUAAUUAAUUUAGAAACAGCAGAUCAAUUUCUGGAAGCAAUUGAUAAUGAAGACAAAUCUGUGACAAUUAUUGUUCACAUUUAUGAAUAUAAUGUCCCUGGCUGUGAAGCCAUGAAUGGUUCUCUAAUAUUUGUGGCAGAGGAUUAUCCUUUUGUAAAAUUUUGUAAAAUUUUAGGUUCAGUAGCUGGGCUCAGUAAACAUUUCAAAAAAGAGGGGGUUCCAGCUUUAUUAGUUUACAAAGCAGGUCAAGUAAUAGGAAAUUUUGUUCAUGUGACAGAUUAUUUAGGAGUAGACUUUUAUGCUUCUGAUGUUGAAGCCUUUUUAAUUGAACAUGGAAUGCUUACUGAUAAGAAGUGUGUACCUGCUAUCAUUUCACAAAAUGAGAAUACAUUAUCAGACAGUGAAUAA